AGCAGGGACAGAGGACGCCCAUAUUGCCUUCAGUUCCUGACACAACAAGAGUAGCAGAGCCCCGUUGCCACCAUGAGUGAGUUAGAGACGGCCAUUGCAAUGAUCAUUGAUGUCUUUGAUAGAUAUGCUGGUACAGAGGGCAACAAACUGACACUCACCAAGGGGGAAAUGAAGACACUUUUAGAGAAAGAGCUUCCUGGGAUCCUUGGGAGUGCAAAGGAGAAGGACGCUUGCGAGCAACUCAUGAAAGAUCUAGAUGAAAACGGAGACUCCGAAGUGGACUUCAAUGAAUUCAUUAUCUUCGUGGCUGCAAUCACCUGCCUUGGACACAAGAAAUUUGCAGAACCCAAGGAAUAAACCCAAACAGAAUAUUUGCAUUGUUUCAGAAAUAAAGCUUUAUAUAAAACUUUUUUUAUCAAUCGAAA